CAUCUGCAUUAUUCACCCUCUCUCACACAAACAUUAUUAUUACCAAUAACAAAUACCAACAACAAACAUCAUCAUAUUCUACCUCUUUUUUUGUAGAAAAAGAAGAAGAAUGAAGGGGAGAUUCUUGGGUUUGUUAAUAGCUUUGCAAGUUGUGAACUUUGUUGUUGCUGUAAUAGCAAGGAACCCUUUUCUUCCAAAUGAUCAUCAUGGCUUUUCACAUCCAGCACAUGAAAAUUCACUGGAGUCUUUAAAAGCAGAUACUACAGAAUCAGAAAAAGGUAUGUUGGGAAUAGAAGAGAGAAAGAAGCAAGUAAGAAAUGAAAGAGGAGGAGUGAGCAAAAUAGGAUCAAGUCCACCAAUAUGUGAGAACAAAUGCUAUGGUUGUGUUCCAUGUGAAGCAAUCCAAGUUCCAAACACAAGCAGCAACAAGAGAAGCCAUUUGGGGAUUCAGUAUACAAAUUAUGAGCCUGAGAGUUGGAAAUGCAAGUGUGGCCCUUCCUUCUACAGCCCUUGAAAUUAAACAUUCUUCAAUAGAGUAGUUAUAGAUGUAUUUAUUUUACAUUAUGUAGGUUGAUUUGAUACUGAGUUCU